GGAUCCGCUUUUAUCAUCAGCAAAAGAAAAUGAAAUUCCAAGUCAUGAAGAUUCUGUUAAAGCUGAAAAAAAAGUUAAAAAUAUAAAUAUAUUUUAUAAAAUGUGGAGACUUAAAUCCAACAGAAUUGUUGAAGAAGAAUUUGCUUUACACUCAUUCAUAUUGGAUGUUGAAGAUGAACAAAUUAUCAAACAUUUCACCAAAGAUGAGUUGAAUGAGAUAGAUAUGGUCCCAGGUCCAGAGGUUCCUGAAUUAAAUUCUGCUGUAAUUGAAUUUUUAAAUAAAUUCAUAGAAAUGACUAAUCUGAACAAAGUUAGACAAAUACUUAAGGAGUCAUAUAUAGGUGAUAAUUAUGAUAGUAGUAAAGAUCAUGAUAUUGAUUAUCUAAUAUAUGCAUUAUAUUCAACUGUACGUGAAAUUGAAAGUGGAAAAUUACUUGAUGAUAAUCUUGAAGCAUGGUACAAUUCUCACUUAUGGAAUGCAAUAUUUGAUCAAGCUUUUAAUGAUAUUAGAGUUGUUUCAGUAGUAAGAGGUGAAAGCACAAGUUUAGCCACAUCUCUUAGACAAAAUAAAAAUAGAGAAUUGGGAAUGUGUCGUAAAAUGGGAACUAGAGGGGAUUGGAUCUUAAGGUCAGUUGGAAAAGCAAAAGAAUGGAAAGAUGAAAAAGGAACAAAAUUUUUAGAAGAAAUAGGUGUAAAGCUACCAAAAACUCUAAAAGAUAUGCUCAUAAUGUUAAUGAAUGAAGCUGAAUGGGAUAAAAGGAAAUGUAAGAAACUUCAAACUUUGGGAAUGAUUAAUGCAGGUUUAAUGAUAUUGCUGGUAUACCUUGAUAAUCCAAAUGGAUAUGUGUGUAGAAUUAGGCGUGGUCAAUGUAUGGAAGUUCCUGACUCCUCAAAAAAAUUUCCCUCAAUCUUGACAAUCCUAGCAGCUGUUCUCAAUUCAAAGAAGGAAGAGACACAUGCCCAUGAGCAUAUUUUUACAAGAUUGAGUAAUAUAGAUGUAAAUGAAUUAUCAAACAAGGAUCCAUUAUGUAUUGGAAUAGUUGAUCUUAGUUCGGAAAAAUAUAAUAUUUUAGAAAGUGAUUUCAAGCUCCUUGUUGGAGAGAAGGCUAAUAUAAGAAACCUCUGUAAAGAUAAUGUAGUAAAGAACGUUUGUUAUGAUUUUAUAUCAAAAAGAAAUGAGGUUCAGAAAUCGCGUAAACUUGUUUUACCUUCAAGAGAAGUUGUAACACAAGAUCAAUGGGUUGAAGAUGUUCAUAUUCGGGAAUGUAUAGCAAAAGGAAUUACUGACAUUCUUUUACAGGAAAUUAAAAUGAAUGCACUUCAAAGAGUCUCCAGAGGUUCUGAAAAUACAUUAGUGGAAAUAAUCGCUCGUUUAUUAGAUAUGUCCACAUAUCACCUACCUGUUGAUUUUGAGAUUGAAGUUACCAGAUCUGAACGACAAAGUAUAGCCAGUAAGAACCGGAAAGUUCAACAAAAAACCGGGUCAAGAGGUAAUAAACCGGACAUUAUGAUUCAUGCUUAUCUUCGUCAGAAAUGGGAAGAAAUCAUAUUCUUCAAGAGUGGAAAAUGGAAUGCUGACAAAGAUAAGAUUCAUCAUGACCAUAAUAAGUUGGUGGAAUUCUGUUUGGCUGGAUCCAAAGAACUUGUAAAGAGAUGUACGAAAGAAGCAUUUUAUAAAAAUUAUAUAGGAUUUGGCAUUAAUAUCACAGCAAAAAUACCCUUGGAUAAAGAAACGUUUGAAGAAGUAGAAGG